AUGACGCGGCAAAUCCCGCUCCUAGCGCUAUCGUGGCUUGAAUUGAUUUUCUUCAGCUGCUACUACGGCGGACUAGCGGGACUGGGAUACCAUUCCCUCUGGAGGAUUGCACUUCGCCGAAGGAAUGUGGCACCCGCUAUCAAGUCUGUUCUGCAGACUGGGCGCUUUGCGGAUGGAACGCCCCUAACGCGCCGGUAUACUAACUUGGAAUUUUUGGAUAAGAAAUUGGUUCCUGCGGUAAUCUUCUACGACGGAUUGUUGACUGGAGCAUGCCCACUUUAUCGCUUGUUACUGGUGGACAUCCAUUCGACCAUGCAAGCGAUGGCACUCUGCAUGCUUGUCAGCACCAGAUCCAAGUCGUUAUCGACUAUAUCUUUGCUCUUGCCAACUUUUUGGAAUGUCUUCAACCAGUUUUACGGUGCUGCCUUCGUCUACCCCCUCUACCUCUUAUUAGAGGCAGUAACGACUGGCUUUAACCCUCUGUAUCCGGUCGAGACCGAGACAUCUCGUUCUGCGUUACUGGUGAGCGCUAUGAUCGGCUCUUUUUUACCGUUCACCUUUCUCUGGCCAGCUUUUCUUCGGUCUGGCACGGAGAGCCGACAACGUGCUAUUGCAUUAUACCGAUUUGCUCCGGUAGUGUUCUCACUUCUGCAGAUUGUUGGAGAGAAGGUGCUGGGCGCGCAGAUGAUCCCUCAGCCAACUUCUCAGGCUAGCCCUUAUUUGGUUGCCGGCUGCGCUGCCACAGUGGGGCAUUGGUACGCUCUUGGGGGAGCUUUAGGUCUCGCCAUGCGGCUGUCUCACAGAAAGGGCCGCUUGGGGGCUCUCACCUUAGUCCUCAAACGGCUUUAUCUGCCUCGCUCGGCUGAAGAAACUACUCGCUUGGACGCCUCUGUACUCGCUCGCGCAGCGCACGAAUUUCUGCAAUACGAUGUCCUCGUGCUCAUUGCAGCUUAUAUUCCGUACGCAUACUAUCUGCUCGCGCCCCUCAAUCUGGCAUCGCCCUUUGCGAUGGUUGUGUCCCUUAUCGCGUUCAGGGGUCCCGAUCCUAGCGGUCUCAAUCUGCAUCUGAGGCAUGGCAGCGAACGGCUUACGCCGAGCCCAGAAAGUCUCGAGUUGGUAGCCUAUAUUAUCAUGCACUUCAGAGAAGUAGAUAAGGAAGCCAGAGUUUGUUUGCUUAUACUGUUCAUACAUUUGAAGACCUCGCACUGGAUGUCCGGUGCUUCAGGCACAAGGACAGUUCUCAUCAUGAGCACGGUGAACCAAUCUUCCACGCGUUCAGAGCUAGCCGGUAACUGGGAACGCCUGCGCAAGUCCUGCGAUACCUGUCAGGAGGCCAAGGUCAAAUGCAGUCAACACAAGCCGUCCUGCCACCGAUGCCUUCGACAUCGUCAGCCCUGCGUCUACAGCCCGCAACGUCGGUCGGGACGUCCUCCCAAGAGGCCCAGUCCCUCCAGUCGCUUAGGACCUGAAUCAAACAAUUCCGGAGAUGACAUUCACAAUGAAAACACCAUACAGCGAACGAAUCUAAAUGCCAAUGACUCUGCCAUGACUGACGCCGGGGCAGUCGAUCCCCGGGUGCUAACCGGCGACUUCGCCGCAAGUACUGGCAUAGAUCCUGUCGACGAUAUCUUCCAAACAUCCUUUGAAUCCUUCCUCGCAGCCUCAUUGUCUCCUAAAGGUGGACUCCUGCCAGGAUCUCAUAGCAAUCCAACCACACCCAACGGCUUCUCGAUGAAUUCGCCCUCCAUCACUGAUCCAUUCGGCGCCUUUCCGUUUCUCAUAACGGACCACAACUUGCCUAUCGCCGCGCUCUCAUCGCAUGUUCCUCCAAUUGAUCAGCUACCCGUACUAAGCACCGGAGCCUCAAAUACAAGCAGCGAGUGCGGCGACUGCGGUGCGAAGUGCUACAGCUCACUAUUACAGCACCUUUUGUUCCUCCGCCAGACGCUCCCCGAGUCCACCAGGCCAUCAAUAGACGUGAUAAUGCAGGCUGAGGGCCAUGUGCGUGCUUUACUUGAUCGGGUAUUAGGCUGCAACGCAUGCCUUGGCAAUCGGUCGUCUAUCCUGCUCAUAUCAGCGAUAACAGAGCGCAUAGUCCAGAUGUUAGACUGGAUCAUCGAGGAGAAGACUCUUUUGGAUACCGAGAAUAUGCGUUACAACCGACGAACGUUUAGUUCAUGGGGUCGCCCUCCCCGGUUACCACCUCAUGGCCUUAAUGGUAUGCGGAGGAACGUCUGCCACGUUUCACUUCGCGUGGGUAAUACUGAAUUGGAUGAGGACGCCAAACAGUAUUUUCUUAAGAAUUUCAUUUUGCUUCGACUAAAGAAACUCGCAGUUAAGGUGCAGGAAGUGCGACGGACAGCUACCACCCGUCCUGGCGAUUGCAUAUACCGCGCUGCGGAAUUGGUGCUGGCGGAUUCGAUUCAACGACUGGAUUAUCUUCGUGGCCAGUGUCAGUUAUGGGAGUGAGAUGUAGCGAUUUUAUGCUCUGAACUUAUGAGGUUAUGACCGGAUUCCCCUGAUUGAAGCUUAUAGUGUGAUAUCCCUGCUCGGAAUAUAUAAACUCUGCAUAUUGACUUGGGUUCAGCCAUUGCUAACCAUCAAAUGUCUUAUCUUUUCUCAUUUGGAACAGUUUCUAAAUACGUCUCAGACUAUCAAAGGAAGCGAUGUUCGGAUUACUUUCAGUUCAUCCGGGGACGCCAUUGGGUAGCAGUUGCUCAUUCAGUCAGCUCUAGAUUCACCUCUCAAUGGCCUUAAGUUCAUGCUGUA